AUGUCAAAGCGCGACAUCGUCCUCACCAAUGUCACCGUUGUCCAGCUACUAAGACAGCCAUGCCCAGUGACCAGACCACCACCCCCACCUGAGCCCAAGGUUGAAGCACAGCCAGAGCCCCAGCCAGAACCCAAGCCCAGACCAGUCAUAGAGAUUGUAGAACCACCACCGCCAUCAACACCACCACCACCGCCGCCGCCGCCACCACCACCACCAGUAAUUACGAUUUCUCCCAUGGAGGAGCUGACUGUUGGCAUCAAUGGAUUUGGACGUAUUGGUCGCCUGGUGCUGCGUGCCUGCAUGGAGAAGGGUGUUAAGGUGGUGGCGGUGAAUGAUCCGUUCAUUGACCCUGAAUAUAUGGUGUACAUGUUCAAGUAUGACUCCACCCACGGCAGAUAUAAGGGGAAAGUGGAAUGCAAAAAUGGACGGCUGAUCGUAGAUAGGCAAGAGAUCAGUGUUUUCCAGUGCAAGCAGCCCAAAGAAAUCCCCUGGAAGGCUGUCGGGAGCCCCUUUGUGGUGGAGUCCACGGGUGUGUACCUCUCCAUAGAGGCAGCUUCGGACCACAUCAUGGCAGGUGCCCAACGUGUGGUCAUCAGUGCCCCCUCACCAGAUGCGCCCAUGUUCGUCAUGGGUGUGAAUGAGAAGGAAUACAAGCCUAGCACCAUGAAAAUCGUCAGCAAUGCAUCCUGUACCACCAACUGCCUGGCCCCCCUGGCCAAGGUCAUCCAUGAGAGAUUUGGAAUUGUGGAAGGGCUGAUGACCACAGUCCAUUCCUACACGGCCACCCAGAAGACCGUCGAUGGACCAUCGAAGAAGGCCUGGAGAGAUGGACGGGGGGCACACCAGAACAUUAUCCCAGCCUCCACAGGGGCAGCCAAGGCCGUAGGCAAAGUCAUCCCAGAGCUCAAAGGGAAGCUGACGGGAAUGGCAUUCCGAGUGCCCACUCCGGACGUGUCUGUCGUGGACCUGACCUGCCGCCUGGCCCAGCCUGCCACCUACUCGGAUAUCACAGAGGCCAUAAAAAUGGCAGCCAAGGGGCCCAUGGCUGGCAUCCUUGCCUAUACCGAGGAUGAGGUGGUCUCCUCGGACUUCGUCACUGACCCCCAUUCCUCCAUCUUCGAUGCCAAGGCCGGUAUAGCUCUCAACGACAAUUUCGUGAAGCUCAUUUCCUGGUACGACAACGAAUAUGGCUACAGUCACCGGGUGGUCGACCUCCUGCGUUACAUGUACAACCAAGAGAAGUGAAGGGCAAGUCC